UUGUGUGCCGGCACCCCGCGAGCGACGGACUGGGCUGGGGUUCCGGUGGGGGGCCGGGGGCUGCCGCCCUGCACCAGUGCUCCGAGCGAAAAUCCCAGAGCAUGUUCCAGAUCCCAGAGUUUGAGAAGAGUGACCAGGAAGACGUCAGUUCUGCAGAUAGGGGCUUGGACCCCAGCAUCGGAGGGGACUGGCCUUCAGGCCCCAGCAAGAGGCACUGCACAGCCCCAGGCCCCCUGGGGGACGCCGGUCACCAGCCGGGACAGCCAACCCGCAGCGACCACCAUGGAGGCGCGGGGGCAGUGGAACCCCGGAGUCGCCACAGCUCCUACCCCACGGGGUCUGAAGAGGAUGACGGGCUGGAGGAAGAACUCAGCCCCUUCCGGGGCCGCUCGCGCUCCGCGCCCCCCAACCUCUGGGCUGCACAGCGAUAUGGUCGCGAGCUCCGCAGGAUGAGCGACGAGUUCGAGGGCUCUUUCAAGGGCCUUCCUCGCCCGAAGAGCGAGGGUACGGCGACGCACAUGCGGCAGAGCGCCAGCUGGACACGCGUCAUCCAGUCCUGGUGGGAUCGCAACUUGGGCCGAGGAGGCUCCGCCCCCUCCCAGUGACGUUCCCGCCCGGAAGCCCGCCGCAGCCAAGGCCCCGCGCUGGCCGCCAAGGAGUCCGUCUGACGCGGAGCCCGCCUCCUUCCGGGCCGGGGCCGCCGAGGGUUCGGCCCAGGGAAGGUCCGCGGACACCUCCCUCCCUCCCUCUCCCCUGCGCCCAGGAAGGGGCCGGGGUUAAG